UUCUUGCGGACAGCGGGCGUGGCGACGAGGAGCAGUACACAUAAUCAAGCAGUGUCAAAUCAACCAGAAACGCAUGUGUUCAAAGUGGGGAUUUGAACCGGAAAGAAGACGGUCCUUCAGAGCAGCGUGCCAGUGGCUCUAAUCAACAUUCACACACCGAUGUCAAACCGCAGCUGGAUUCCAGUCGACGCGCUAUAUUGUCUGCGUAUCGCACGCUGAGCUUCUAGUCAUCUCACGGGUCGCAUUUGGGAAAUCUAGGUAUUACCUGGAUGGUAUGCUAGAGUGAAUGACCAGAGGCAUGCUCCACCAUUAGUUACCUGAGGUCAACAGACAACUGGAGUGGUCUGAAUGGGGUUUUAUCUAUUAAUUGAUUACUAGGUGGCAUAUGGACCGCUCGUUAGAGUCAAUGGAGAAGUAGGAUUUAUGACGGAUUACGCAGCUGUAUUUUAACCUUACUUUUAUUGUCCUGACUUCAUUCGUAGCUUCGGCUACAUUGUGUGAAUCGAGAACUCUGUGUCCAGUAAGAAGUGGAAAUCCAGCAGUUGCAGUCCAUCAUAGGAGAGUGUUUUGGUACCUUCUUUUCAAUUGCGCAAGGUUCUCAGGUGUGCGCUCCUGUAUUCGUUGAGGAACCAUGGGUUGCACGUCGAGUGCCGAAGACAAGGCGGCUAUGGAGCGAUCUAAAAUGAUCGACAAGAACCUCCGAGAAGACGGAGAGAAGGCUGCGAGGGAGGUGAAACUGCUCUUGUUAGGAGCUGGAGAGUCGGGGAAGAGCACCAUCGUCAAGCAGAUGAAGAUUAUCCAUGAGGAUGGCUACUCGGAGGACGAGUGUAAGCAGUACAGAGCGGUUGUCUACAGCAACACCAUCCAGUCUGCCAUGGCCAUCAUCAAGGCCAUGGCCAACCUCAAGAUUGACUACGGAGAGGCCACCAGAUCGGACGAUGCACGGCAGCUCUUUGCCCUGUCGGCGGCGGCUGAGGAGCAGGGCAUUCUGCCAGAGGAGCUGGCCAACGUCAUCCGCCGGCUCUGGGCCGACGGCGGCGUGCAGAACUGCUUCACCCGCUCCCGAGAGUACCAGCUCAACGACUCGGCCGCAUAUUACCUGAAUGACCUUGAGCGGAUAGCCAAGUCGGACUACAUCCCGACCCAGCAGGACGUGCUGCGGACCAGAGUGAAGACCACGGGGAUCGUGGAGACUCACUUCACCUUCAAAGACCUGCACUUCAAGAUGUUUGAUGUGGGAGGCCAGCGUUCGGAGCGCAAGAAGUGGAUCCACUGCUUCGAGGGCGUGACGGCCAUCAUUUUCUGUGUGGCCUUGAGCGCCUACGACCUGGUGCUGGCGGAGGAUGAAGAGAUGAACCGCAUGCACGAGAGCAUGAAGCUCUUUGACUCCAUCUGCAACAACAAGUGGUUCACCGAGACCUCCAUCAUCCUCUUCCUGAACAAGAAGGACCUCUUCGAGGAGAAGAUCACCCUCAGCCCCCUCUCCAUCUGCUUCCCGGAGUACACAGGAGCAAACAAGUACGAUGAGGCGGCCAGCUACAUCCAGACCAAGUUUGAGGACCUGAACAAGAAGAAGGACACCAAGGAGAUCUACACCCACUUCACCUGUGCCACCGACACCAAGAAUGUCCAGUUCGUAUUCGACGCCGUCACCGACGUCAUCAUCAAGACCAACCUCAAAGACUGCGGCCUGUUCUAAAGACUGUGGCCUGUUCUACAAAUGGACGCCACGCAAAAUGGACAAUCGCGCACCCUCCCACCCACUCAGUCAUCCAGUCACCCCACACAAGCGCACACUGACCACUCUCACACUGACACACAUGCACACACAAAACCCAAUCUGUCCACCUGGUCAGGAUACAGUACAUACCCACAUCCUGUUGGCUUCCUAAAUCGGCCGCCGUUGUGCUACAUGCAGACACAGACUCUCGUUUCUUCAUCUUUAACCAGCCGAUGCCAUGGUGUCAUUGUAACAGCACUCAUCAUCCAUAGGCUGCACGAUAAUAACCCUGCCAGAGACAUUUGCAGGGAGCAUCCUGCCGACUGUGUCUGAUUUAAACCUUCGAUAGCACCAGUGGCGCAUUACUUAGCAGAGAAGUAGAAGAUCAGAGUCUGCUCAAGGAGAGCCCCUGUAUCACCAGGAAAACACGAUGAACUACUGAGACCAAGUAUUAUCAAUCGAAAUUAUAUCCACGUCCUCUUCCACUGGAGUUUUUUCCCCCCUUUCGUCAUGUUUAUCACUUGAUUUAUUUUUGUUCUGUGCAUUCAUUGGAUAUUUAAUUUCUAGGAGAUGAAUUACAGAUGAGAUGCAUUUGUCUUUAAAACAUUUUUUUAUGUCAGUAUUUCUUUUUAUUGCAAAACGUAUAUAAAUGGAAUAUAAAAAUGGGAAAAAAAUGAUCUUUUCUAUUGCAGCAUUUCUGUUUUCCUUAACUGAUGUGAAUUUUUUAUCUAGCUUAAUUGUGUAUAGUGCUUAUUUUGUAAUGCUAAACAGCAAACACGGGGAAAAAAAGACUGAUUGAAAAGUAUCAGAAAACAGCUUUUUAAAAAAAGACAAAUGUUUACAUUAAUUCCACACUCUUGGCUAAAGGACUAUAUUCUACUGCAUGUGUUAACCAUAGCCAGCUCUUAGCUUAUACAAGUAUCUCCAUCCCACCAAAAUGUUAUGUGUGACGCCUAGAGAAGAGCUAACCAAUCGCAUAGAUGACGUGUUCACAUACUGUACACACUGUUCAUUUUUGACCAAUAUUUAAAAUGUAUGUACCUAACAUGUCAAAUCCCUCUUAAUUGUUGCAUUCCAUGUUUUUUUUUUGCAGUGUCUGUGCCUUGAUUAUGUUGACUUGACACUUGUCUGUAGAGGCUGAAGUUGUCCAUGAUAUAAAAUAGGACCAGUGUUUUUAUCACUUUGUUGAGAGGGAAAAAGGCAGUUGGGCGGGAAAAAAAAGAGAGGAACCUGUUGAAGAGCCUAUACGAACAAAUUAAUGCAGUUGCUUAGCGUACAACUUGGACGCUUUUGUCAGAACGUGUUUUUAAAGAUGCACAAAGGAGAAAAUGCAAAUAAAGUUUUAGUCCUUAUAGCA